AGUCACUCCACCACGCGAACAAGCACUCCGUUGAACGAAACUCCAAAAUCUUUAGAGUCGUCCUCCUCUUCGCAGCAAUCUCCAUCGCGUCGUCAACCCUCGAAUCAACAAAUUCAAGCCGUCAACUUUUCACCUGAAGAUAUGAACAAGGUGGCACAACUUCUCGUGGCUCAACAACAGCAGCGAGCUCUGGCUGCAGCUGCUGCAGUUCAAGCGCAACAGAACGUGUCGUCUGCAGCCACUUCAAAUUCUCUCCUGCAUAUGAGCAACGCAAUCCAAAGUGCCAACAACACUGCUGCUGCUGCGGCAACUACGCCUAAUAAUCACUCGAAUAAUCCGAAUGGCAACAGCAAUAAUAAUAAUAACAAUACAUUUUAUAAUGCAGCAGCACAACAACAAAACAAUUUUUUGUUUUUGUGCAUUUUCGUAACGGCAUUCUAA